AUGCCGCUGUUUCAUGACAUCAGUGAAGGCGAGUUGAGGAGAGGCGACCACAUCUACGUGUGGCGGUACGCCAUUGGCUACCGUCACCAUGGCAUCUGGGACGGCAGAAAAGUCAUCCACUUCAGUGGCGCAAAAUCUGGCGACAAAUCCAACGCGACAAUACGCAGAGAUACCCUCGACGUAUUCCUAGAUGGUGGCAAUCUUAAGAUCUACCUUUACGGUGUGAGCUGGUGGAAUACAUGGUACGAGUUUGGAGGCGCGUCUACAACGGAGGAGAGCGACCCGCCGGAUACGGUGAUGGAUCGAGCGGAGAGCCGGAUCGGAGAUGGCGGUUACUCUCUGUUGGGAAACAACUGCGAAAAUUUCGCGCUCUGGUGCAAGUUGGGAGAACGCGCCAAGAAAGUGAGAACGCAAUAAGCGUAAAAACGAGUUUAACGUUUUUUGUAACGUUUAUAUAACGUAAAUGUGUAGGGUGUUUAUAACGCUUUCUAAACGUUUGUAAAAACGUUUUUAUUGUAUUUGUAAACGUUAAACGUUAACGUGAUCAGGUUACGGUCAUCGUGACGUCAUCAUCAACGUCAGCAGGUCAUCGCGCAUGCGCGCCGGUAAGCGGACUGCCGCGUAUUCUUCUCUCAUCGCUAGUACCUUGACCACUGAACUAUAACAAUAUAUGUUAUAGUUCAGUAAACUUGACACACAUUUAACAGUAUUAGUAACUAGAGUGACAGUCAGUUUACCUAUAGGUGGCAUACAUUUAUAAUCAUGCGCAAAUUGUUCGCCGCGUUGCACUAUUUUGUUUAGGGAACAGGCUUUCCUUUGAAUUUUCGAUAAAAUUAGGAACUAGAGUGUAAUAAUUUGCAUGAUGCCAUCAAGGUAAAAGCCCCGUGCACGUCUAGAAAGCGUUAGAAGUGAGAAUGGUUUUGUGGUGUAAUAUUCGUGCAGUCGCGUCAAGUGGUGUAGACAUGGUGGCCGGUCGGCCAUUUUGUAUUUAAAACGGGAUCCGACUACAAGGUGAUUUAACGUGAAUAAAGUGUACGUC